CUGUUGAUCCGCUGUUGAUCCUGCUGACACCACUCCUCCAAAGCUGUUCACCCUGCAAUGUAAUGUUUUCCUCUCUCGAGGGAGUCAGUCUGACAGCUGCCAAAGAACGGGGACAGCUUGUCUUCUUGGAAGGCCUCAAGUCCUGUCUUGACCUCUUGUUUGGAGAGGAGGAGGAGGAGCAGUCAGGACAGCCCAGCCCUCUUCAGUUUAUAAGUGAGAGCGCUUCCAACCUCAAAGCCUUGUUUGACUUCGUCCAGACAUCCCUGACUGCUGCUGGCAGCGACUCCUGGAAGGGCCCCGUGCUGCUGGUGGACGACCUCAGUGUCCUGCUCAGCCUGGGUGCCACGCCAGUGGCAGUGCUGGACUUCAUCCACUACUGCAGAGUCACCGUGUGCUCCCAGCUGAAGGGGAACAUCGUGGUGCUGGUUCAUAGCCACGAGGAUUCAGAAGAUGAGGAAAACGAACUGGUGGUGACCUCCCUGUGUCAUCACAGUGACCUGAUCCUGUGGGUGGAAGGGUUGGCGACUGGCUUCUGCAAGGAUGUUCACGGGCAG